AUGGCCUCUAGUCAGCCAGAUUGGACAUCCAUGCUGGGAAUGUUGCUGCAGGCAUGGCACCUUGCCGAUGAAGGCCAUGGCUGUUUUUCCAGGUGCUUGAUAGUUGCAGGGUGUCUCAAGGGCCUUUCAAGACGUUUCAGAGUAAUUGUGCCGGUUUUCAAGCAUAACUGCUUAGCCAUAUUUGUCAAGAACGAAGAUCGGAUCGCCGCGAUCCAUGGUGUUUGCCUUGGCGCAUUGGGAGGAGUGCAAUUGGCAGGGCACAGUGGAAAGGGCAUCAUUUCCAGACGAGAAUCCAGUUUCGAGGCGGCUCGCUGUUGGCCUAUGGAUCCCCUGUCAGCUGUCAUGGACAUCUUGCCCAUGCUUGCAAUUUUUGGCCAUUGUCUGUGGGCCACGGGAGUGCUGGCUGUUCCACGGGGACAGAGUUGGCCACAAUUUUGA